AUGGCGGCGAAUGUUGUGUUAAUUUUGGCGGUGAUGUCCUUGACUCUUAACCUCAAAGUUUUAAACCUGGGUAGAACUGUCAUGGCGUCAGUCGCUGACUCAGCGAUACUGACAGAAGCAGGAAAACUGUCAGUGGAUACAGGAAAACUGCCAUCUAUGACAGGAAAACCACUAAUCACAUCAGAGACAGGGAAAACAACAUUGGAUACAGAGAAACCACUAUUAAGAGAUAAUUACGUGAUCAAUGCACUUGGCAAAAAACAUUUUCCACAAAAACCUCAAAGAAUCGCUAGAUCUGCUCACCCCGACCCCACCAGCUCUUCUACUCACCCCUUGGGUCAGGGACGGGACGGGGUGUGGUCACCCACUACUGCAGCCGACAGCGACCCCACCAGGUAUUCCACUCACCCCUUGGGUCGGGGAAGGGACAAGGUGUUGUUACCUACUGUGACAGCUGACUUCAAAGAAAACAAAAUGGCCGCUGCAGGUGGUGACGAAAAUGCAGGUGACACGUCGGUCCUAGUACCAGAAGAUUCCAGAAUAACGUUGAACAUCAUUGGGAUGUUUGCUUUAACUGGUAUCUACCCAGCAGGCUACGCCUACCUCCCAGCGGCCAUGUUGGCUGUCAAACACAUCAACGAGAACUUUACCGACAUCUUACCCAGCUACAAACUCAAGAUCAACGCUUACGACUCGGGGUGCAACGAGUCAGCCGGCCUGAACGCCUUCUAUGAGGAGAUCUACAACCCCAACAGGACGUCAAUCAUGACCCUCGGGGAUACCUGCUCACCUGUCACAGAGGCCACAGCCCAGGUGUCGCACCUGUGGGGGCUUAAACAGAUCUCCUACUCCGCCGUGUCCCCCCACCUGUCGAACAAGGAAAUUUUCCCCUCGUUCUUUCGUGUGAUGACCCCAGAACAAAACCUGACCGUGGCCAGGGUCAAGCUCUUCAAGGAGAUGGGCUGGAAGAAAGUUCACACCAUCUACCAGAACCUGAAGCUCUUCUCCACGUUGGACGAGUACAUGAAGCAAGAUCUAAGGAAAGAAGGAAUCGAAGUGGCGAGUACUGAGAUGUUUACAAAUGAUCCGACCAAUAGCGUUCAGAAUCUGAAGGAAAGUGACGCGAGGAUCAUCAUCGCCAACAUGUACGAGGAUAAGGCUAGGCAUGUCGUGUGUGCGGUGUACAACAUGGAGGCAGGGAACCACGCCUGGUACAAGCGUGUCGUCUGGGUCUUCCAGUCGUUCUAUGACCGGCACUGGAUGGACGUCAGGGACCCGGCCAUCAACUGUACGGUUGACCAGAUCAAGCAGGUAAUUGGCAGCUAUUUCACGGUGGGUUCAAAGGCACUCAACAAGGACCCGAACUACAAGGCCGACAACGGGCUGGUGCCUGUCCACUUCGACACGUUACGUAACAGCACCAAACUGUAUGAAGCCGUUAAAGCCGAUAUGCCGCCCCACUUCCAGGAAUUCUACGCCAAGAACAUGUUCCCAGACGGGUCAUUCUACGGCCAGCAUAGGGCACCAGAGGCAUAUGACGCGGUCUGGGCUAUAGCCAUCGCCCUGAAAAACGCUUUAGAGUACCUCAAGAAAUCUGGCGACGGACGAGGCCUAGAAGACUUUAGAUACAAAGAUAAAUUUUUCUCUUCCCUGCUCCAAGACGCCAUGUACAACGUGUCCUUCAAUUCGUUAUCAGGUCCUUUUUUCUUCAAUGAGAACGGCGAGAGGACCCCAGGCAUUGAGAUUAUACGAUACAACAACAAUAAUGACCACACGUUUAACUACCUCGGCGCCUGUCACCUCCAGCAGAAGACAGUCUGGAACUGUACACUAGACAAGGCAAACAUUACCUGGCAGACAGGUCAGCCUCCAGUGGAUGGCAUCCAGACGAAGGCGCGGACCUACCAAACAAACACCUACCUCAAGUCGACCUUCUGGACACUGGCCAGUCUGGGCAACGUUUUAACUCUCGGCCUCCUGGCAUUUAACAUCGUCAAGAGAAACCACAGGGUGAUCAAGAUGUCGUCACCUCGCCUCAACAACGUCAUCCUUGUGGGUUGUAUUCUGGCCUACAGCACCAUCUACAGUCUCGAUGCUGAGGACGAGGGGAUACAGUCGGCUUGUGUUAUCAGCUCAUUCACCAUUGUGCUGAGUUUCUCGCUCAGCUUCGGCGCUCUGUUCGCCAAGACGUGGAGGGUGUACGAGAUCUUCACAGCCGGCCACAAGGUCCUCAACACCAGGAUGCUGCGAGACAGCAGUCUGUUCCUGAUUGUCGGGGUGCUUGUCUUCAUCAACAGCACCAUCCUCGUGGGCUGGAUGAUCGCCUACCCUCAGAGGCCCACACUGGUCAACAUCAGUAUGACCCCGUCGAGUGAGGUCAGUGACGUCCAGUACUUCAACCAGUUCCAGAGAUGUGACUCGGAGUACCGCCUGUACUUCAUGUGGGCCCUCAUAGCCAUCCAAGGCGUGGUCAUCUUGUUCGGGACCUUUCUGGCCAUCCAGACUAGGAAGGUAUCCUGCCCAGAGUUGAACGACUCCAAGUGGAUCGCUCUGUGCAUCUACAACGUCGUCGUGCUCAGCCCCGUCGGCUUGGUCGUCGUCAUGGCAACGGAAGACAAACCGGAAGUGAACUACGCUCUGGAAUCGUGUAUCCUGAUUCUCAUCACGACGAUGACGGAAUGUCUGGUAUUCGUGCCCAAGAUCCUCUCCUACCGGAGCCACAACAGCAGCCGGACCACGCUGGACAUCAAGUUCAAGGUUCGCCGCCCGAAUAACGUCUUCAAGCUGUGCGUCGUGGAGAAAAGGGGCAGCGACUCCAGCACUUGCUGCGAGGCCUCCCAGCAGACGGACGACCUUGACCUCUCCUGGGACCGGGACCUCUACCACUGCGACUUCAAACAAGAUCCGGGUUCCGGUUCCACGGCGAGCACCGGAUCUCAGAAUCCCGGUUCGCCGUGUCGAUCACCCGGAAGUAGUUUGGCACCGUGCGUCAAGAAAUUGUGGACGAAGAGGUCGUACUGCGAUAAGAAGACGGACACACACUUCGAGCCCAGCGGUAAAACAAUCGACGAAAGGGUGUGUACGUCCAGCUGCUUGAGGGAUGAGAACAAAAAUAAACUUUACCGCUCCAUGUCCGACUCGGACAUCCGUCACCAUAGCAACGUGACGCUGGGGAAGAUGGGGGACGACGACCUGGUGACGGAAAGCUGCGAGCACUGCCGAAUCCGCGUCAAGCGUCACAACAAAAUCUGGCGUCACCACCGGAAGGACGACGCCUCUGUGCACCCGCCCGGACACCGGAAGCACGGCGUCGUGGUGGACAGGGUCAAGGUGACCGCUGACGUGAAAAUGUGGUCCAAGUUUAGGACGCGGUGGCGGGAGGAUGACAUGGCGCGCGCCGAGCAGAUCGGGGAGCAGAUCCUGCACCAGCUCAGGGAGACGGUCAAGACGGUGUCCGCUAACGAGGCCAGUGCUUGAGCACGGCGGCUGGUCACUUCCGGUCAGAGGUCGAAUAAUGAAAAUACGAAGAAUGCUAGAUGUCCGUCCAUUCGUUAUGUCUAUACUUUUUUGAUCAUUCUCUAACUGAAACACAAUGAUUACUGCUCUGUGUUUAAAAACUUCGUUAAAAAAUAAUUCGCCAACGUUUUCGAACUUAUAAUUACAUCUACAGUUCACAGUUAUAUAUUUAAAAAUUAACGCGUCUUACUCAGCUUGAAGAAGUAUAUAAUAAUCAUGGGAGAUAACCUAAUAUAAUAAAUAUACUUCACUAGUUCCUUCCCUUUAUACUUCAAGACAUUGUGUAAAUAAUGUACUCAUUAGUCUAGCGAACAAAUGAAUGUUAGGUUUAGCGGUUGAUCCAUUCCAUACAAUAAAACAGACUUGAGUGUUCCUUGACAAUGUUAUAGAAAGUUAAGCGCAUGUCUUGCCUUGUUGAUUCCAGCCUUAACGUCUUUAGUCGGUACGACCAUUAUUUUAACUCCACUACCACGAUGUUUCACUUUAUCUAGUUAUUUCUAUUUCUUUAAUUGUGUAGUUGUUGUUCAUAGCCAUUACUUCUGGUUUAUUUGUGUUGGGUGUCAGGACAUGUUUUUGGCUGUAUCUACCAAACACUACACGUAUUUUUCCAACACCCGCUUUUGACAAAUUGUGAGAAGACACAGAGAGAUAAUUUCUUGUUCGUUUAGUAAUUCAGUCAGCCUUCAGUAACAGUACCCAAAGUGAAAGCCUCAAAUCUUACCGCUGGUUUAACCGUGCUACGGUCAGCCAGUAAUUUUAUCAAAAUCUAUACACAUAAUUCUCUUCUUGGAGACGAUAGAAAACACCAAGCUGUAAGCGCGCUCCCUACCACCCCCACCUCUACAUGGUCGGCUCGUAGUUAAUAAUUAGGCUAAUAGUUCUGUAAAAGAAAUAUUACUAAUAUUUUAACGGCAUAUAUUAAAACCUAAUUCAUACAUACUGGAGUAUGUAUUUUUUCAGUUGCGUAACUAGACGUCAAGCUGUUCCAUGUUUAUGUGAUAUUUUAUACAAGUGUUUUAGUGUAAUUUUUAAACAUAAAUGUAUUUUAAUUACCUCUUUUAAAAUGGCUGGUUUUUACAAGCUUUUAUUUAACUCACUUCCUCUGUCGUCAGUCGUCAGUCGUCAGUCUAGACGGAAACGCAGGAGUGAAAAUUCGGACAGUUCUACUUGACCGACACGAUUCACAGUUGGCACGUGGGUCAA